AGACCGUGUGUAGACAAUUGUCGUAUUGACAUUAAAGUUCUCGGUACUCUCAAUCAUUUUUUCUUCUUCAGUCGACUCCUCUUCCUCUUUCGCUUCUUUGUACUCAUUUCUCCAAAGCAGGGAAACAGCUUCCAGGGCACAACCACCCAAAAACAUUUGAUGAAAAACUUAUCGGCAAACUUAUAAAAGUUAAAGAAAGGGUGAUAGAAAUAGAAGAAAACCUUAGGGAAAAGUUAGAGAAGACAUCAAAUAUGUUCCAAUAUGCCCCCCAUGUGAAUGCAAAAACCAAAAAGCAUUCUCAGAAAGAGAACCGAAGGAAAGCCAAAAGAAGGAAAGUUUUGAGAAAAGCUGCCAACAUACAGAAAGUGCGAGAGUUUAUUUCGAAUGCUUCUACAUCUGAAGUAAUUCAAAUCCAAAACCUAAAAUUGGAAGUUCUAUCUACAUUAUCAUUGUUUCAAGUAAAAUAUCUACAACUUAUGUAUCUCCUGUCUACUAAAGCUGUAAACUUGAUUAGUGAAUAUGUAGACAAUUUUCCAAGAAAAGAAAACACUAACCUAGAACCAGAUAAUGCCCAUGAUGAUGACAGUAAUGAUGAUGACGAUGAUGAUAAUAAUAAUGAUGAUGAUGAUGAUAAAGACAACAAUGAUAUUGAUGAUGAUGCAGACAAUGAUGAAAAUGGUGAUGAUGACAACAAUGGUAAUGGUGAUGCUGACAAUGAUGAUGAUUAUUAA